CGUUCUCCAUGAAGAUGACUAAAGAUGGCGUGUCUCUGCGCUCCCUGAACAAGGCAUUAAACAGAGUAGAAAAUAAGCUGCAGACCUUGGAAACUCAAUUUGAAGAUCUGAAGUCAAGCUUGGACAAACUGGCUUGGAAAUUCGAACGUCAGGGUGAGAUCUUGGAGAAUCAGAUGAGCCAGGAUGCAAUGUGGACAUCAAUGCUAGAAGACAGCCUGACCUCUGUAGAGGUUAACCUCCUGUUCAGCUACACGUGUGAAACCCUGGCUGCCUUGCACUGCCUGGUGACAGCUGAGGUGCCUGACCUGGCAGAGGGCCUCCCCACCACCACCACCAUCCUGAGGCGCAAAGCCAGACACCCCAGGAUCCAAACGGCAUGGGAAACUGCCUUGCAGAGCCUGGGGCUGCACGAAGGGGACGUCGGCACCCUCUGCACCUUCUUUGCCGUGCACGGCCAUAAGGCCCAGUACUACACACCUGCCCAAAGGCAGCUGUGCCCUGGCGACAUGGCCACCGCGCUGAGCAGGGCGGUGAAGAACGAGAGGCUACGGGGGAGCCUGCUGCGAGCCACCGAGGCGGUAGACCACAGGAGAACACAGCGACAAACAAAAACCCCACCGCCCCAAAGGCGAGGCCAGCCGCUGUGAGGGAAGAGCCGCGCGCAGACACCACCACACUCCCACUUCACCACUCGCCAGCAAACGCUCCACAAGUGCAGCGAGCGCCUGCG